AAAAAUUGUUCUAUUUAUUAUAAAUAUCAAAAAAAUAAAUAUCAAAUGAAUUUCAAAUUAUUAAUAUUAUCUCUUAGCUUUAUUUAUUAAAUAUUCUCUUAAGGCACUGGAAUAACAGUGUGUGUUUCAAAUUCAAGUUGUUCUUAAUGUACUUCAUGUACAAAUUGCUCUAAUGUAACUUGGCAAUAUAAUCAAAGUUCAAAUACAUGCGCAGUUGCAGAUUGCACAAAAAUUCCUUCUAGCCCAGAAGGUCUUACUGAUAAUCUUUGUGCUAGUUGCCCUCCAUCUACUGGAGCUAAUUUUGCCUCUCUUGAUGGUACAUAAUGUGUAAGCUCAUCAUAAUCAUGUAUAAAUGCAACAAAUGGAAAUGGAUAAAAUUGGACUGAUUCUGAUUGUGGAAAAUGUAGUUCAACAUAUUAAUAUGCAAAUUCAAAAGGUACUUAAUGUGUUAAUUCUGGUUAACCGUGCAACUCAUAAAGCGGUUGGACAGAUUCAAAUUGUAGUUUAUGUUUUCCAAAUACUUUCGCAAAUAGUUAAGGAACUGCUUGUGUUGGAUCUUAAUUUUCUUGUUAAAACAGAUCUUAAUCUUAAAAUUGGUCAGAUGAUGAUUGCAAAUUAUGCAAUCCCUAAAAAUAAUUUGCUACUUCUGAUUUUUCAAAUUGUUGUGCUUCAUCUUAAUCUUGCCAAUCCAAAUCAAAUUGGACAGAUCCUGAUUGCUCAUAAUGCUAGCCAAAUACCUUUGCAUCAAACGAUAAAUCUAAAUGUGUUGCUUCUUCAUAAUCAUGUUCAUCUAAUAAUGGAUGGCAAGAUACUGAUUGUUAACUAUGUUUUACCAAUUUAAAAUUUGCAAAUACUUAAGCUACAUAAUGUGUUAAUUCUUCGUAAACAUGCAAUGCAGGUUCUAAUUGGAAUGAUACUGAUUGUUAAUUAUGUAAUAAUUCACAAACAUUUGCAAGUAGUGAUAAAACAAAAUGCGUUAAUACUUCUUAAAGCUGCUCUUCAGCUUCAAAUUGGACUAAUUAAAACUGUGUUUUAUGCUCAACAAAUACCCCUUAUGCAGCAGCUGAUAAAUAAAGUUGUGUAGCAUCUAGCUAACCAUGUAAUUCUACUUCUAAUUGGUCUGACACUGAUUGCUCUUUAUGUAAUCCAAAAUCCCCUUUUGCAUCUCUAGACUAUAAUAGCUGUGUUAACUCUAGUCAGAGUUGCACCUCUGUCUCAGGUUGGAAAGAUUCUGAUUGUAAAUUAUGUAGUCCAAGUACAUAAUUUGCUUCUUCAGAUGGAACUACAUGUGUAGCGUCUACUUAAUCUUGUCAAUCUAAUUCAAACUGGACUGACUAAAAUUGUGGAUUAUGUAAUCCAUCCACUCCAUAUGCAAACUCUAUGAAAAAUGGGUGUGCAGAUCCUUCUAUUUCAUGUAUUGUAAGAGAUCCCACAUAAGCAUCUCAAGUAUGGACUGACUCUGACUGCUAAGCAUGCUAUCAAGUAGGCUAUAGAUCUCUCCCCGAUGGCUCUAAUUGUGUAAAUUGUCUAGCUAAAUCAGGAAUGAGUAAUUCUGAUUGCGCUCUUUGUAAUGGAACAGAUGAUGGUGAUAACUAGUUUGCUAAUUCCUAGGGUUAAUGUGUUUCUGUUAAUUGCUAAUAAACAAGUGGAUGGGUAGAUUCAGAUUGCGCUGUUUGCAAUCCAAAAACACCUAACGCCUCCAGUGAUGGAACAACUUGCUUAAAUACUACUUAUAAAGCUCUCUUAGCUACUUCUUUAAUAGCUUUUUUACUUAUUCUGAUAUGA